AUAAUAAGACUGAAGUGUCUUGAUUCAGGAAAGCAAGAAUGUUGGUUACUGGAUCAUUUCAGGAAAAUACAAGAAGUUUUUGGUGUUUUUUUUUUUUAAAUCUCGAUUCAAGCUUUCCUUCCUCCCAACCCCCACUUUUACUUUUUCAUUUUGAACUAGACCCAAACUAUGCUAGAAGUUUGUUCUCAAAAUAUUUAAUUUUCUCCCAUUUCGAGUUUUGUUAUUGUUGUUGUUUUUAAUGGAAUUUGCAUGCAAUCUGCCCGAUGAGACUCUUGAAGGAAGCUUGGCAGAACAAGCCUGGAUCAAGCAGCACAUCUGGAAACGGUUUAUGGGACUGCCUGACUUUGCCAGUGCAACGGCUGAAUCCCAAAGCAGCUCCUCAGACGUGGAAAGAGGAAACCAGAGCCACUCCGAAGGAGACUUAAAGGGGGUAGAAAAAGGAAUUCCCCUUUGGAAAGACGAUAUUGACUCAGUGGGGCUCUUGCCCAUGGGAUUUCCAAGGUGAUUCGUGGAUUAAGCAGCUGUAGCAUGAAGGGCAGCAGAUCGGGGACUACAACGAAGUAAAUGCUCUCAGCCUGCAGGACUUCAGAAAAGAGUAAUACCAAGUACUGCCUGGCAUUUUCAAGAUUCCAGUUUUUUAACCAAACGAACACAUGGCUCUGUUGCGAAAAAUUAAUCAGAUUUUGCUAUUGCUUCUUGUUUUGACUCUGUGCAUGAUUCUGUAUAAUAAAGUUCAUAAAGGAUCAACUCUGAAGAAUGAAACAGAUGAUUCUGAGAGUCCAGAGGAAUUGGAAGAAGAAAUUCCUGUGGUAAUAUGCGCAGCUGCAGGGAGAAUGGGUGCAGCGAUGGCCGCCAUAAACAGCAUCUACAGCAACACAGAUGCCAACGUGUUGUUCUAUGUGAUCGGGGUCAAGAAUACUCUGUCACGAAUCAGAAAAUGGAUUGAGAACUCCAAACUGAGAGAAAUAAAGUUUAAAAUUGUGGAAUUUAACCCUCUGGUGCUCAAAGGGAAAAUCAGACCCGACGCAUUACGUCCUGAACUACUUCAUCCUCUGAACUUUGUCCGAUUUUAUCUUCCCCUGCUUAUCCAAAAACAUGAGAAAGUCAUAUAUUUGGAUGAUGAUGUCAUUGUGCAAGGUGAUAUCCAAGAACUGUAUGACACAAAGCUGACCCUGGGCCACGCAGCAGCUUUCUCAGAUGAUUGUGAUUUGCCUUCGACCCAUGAGAUGGUUAGAAGUGUAGGAAUGCAGAACACCUAUAUGGGCUACCUGGACUUCAGAAAGAAAACAGUUAAAGAUCUUGGCAUCAGCCCCAGCACCUGCUCCUUUAAUCCUGGUGUGAUUGUUGCUAACAUGACAGAGUGGAAACAUCAGCGCAUUACAAAACAACUGGAGAAAUGGAUGCAAAAAAAUGUGGAGGAAAACCUCUAUAGCAGCUCCCUGGGAGGAGGGGUAGCCACUUCACCGAUGCUCAUUGUAUUUCAUGGAAAAUACUCUAGCAUCAAUCCAAUGUGGCACAUUCGACACUUAGGCUGGAGCACAGAAACUAGAUACUCUGAACAUUUCCUUCAAGAAGCUAAAUUACUUCACUGGAAUGGAAGACAUAAACCGUGGGACUCAACUAGUGUUCAUACUGACCUGUGGAAAAGCUGGUACAUUCCUGAUCCUUCAGGGAAAUUUAAACUCAAUCGCCAUGACAGCUGAUACUGAAACACCUUUCAAUAUGCACUUCUUAAAAUAUUAGUUUGGAGCAGGCUCGUAAGUGAAUUUUUCUUCAUUCUGGUUUGACAAAUGAUAGAUAAUUCAUCUGGAUAAAAAUCCAGCUAUUGUGUGAAUUGUACUAAGUAGUAAUUCAUUUGUGGACUCAUCCCCAGCCACAGAGUUCUCUUUUGUGGAAACAAGCAUCCCCAUUAAGUUCAUUAGUUGCACUCGGAAAGGGAAACUUUGGAAAAAUCAGAUUAGAGGACACAUUUCAACAGCCUAAAGGUUUUUUUUCUAGUUUGUCUCUAGUCGUUUGCAGACCUAUUACAUUACAAAUAUCGAUAGUUAAUGGUGUUUUUCAAAUCUUAUACACAGUGCAAUUUAGAACAUUUUAAAAGAGUGGAAGAUGUUUGCUGGGUAAUUAUUCAAAAUGGAGUGAGCACAGGAAGAGAAAUGAAUAUGCCAGUAGCUAACACUGAAGGAAGAGACGUCAAGUUAGGUAUUCAAUUCUUAAAAUUUUUAUUGUCAAAACUGGCAGGCUUUCAAAAGAAUUUAAAAUAUUUCCCACUGAGAUUUGAUGAAUAAAACCCAAUCUGUCACGGACCGGCAUGUCAAUGCUGACUGCCGAUUUGCCGUACUUAAUGAAAUGCCACACUUAUUUUCCAAAACCUUCAAUCCAGUAGGUGCUGCUGUCAAGAUUCUAAGGAUUUUCCCCCUUCCAACCCCUCCCCCGUGCAACUAUUGAAAGGUACAAUAGUUGUGUACAACAGCAAUAUCUAGUUACAUGCUAUACUUAGUUCUGGUGAAAAAAUAAUUGAACUGCUACUUGUCCCUGAUGCAAGACCCUCAGAGGGCCUGCAGGAAAAUAUCCAUGUAAACAGUGAUACAUGAUACAGUACAACAAUUUAAAUUACGUAAUUGACUUUCACAAAACUUGACCUUCUUAUG